UGCGUCAGCUGAUAUAUUAACCACCCAGGCGCAAGUCACCAAAGAUCUGUUUCCAUGAAACAGACCAGACGGUACAGCUCCAGAAACUAAGCGGCGCCUACAUCCUGGAAGACUUAACAUCCACGAAGCGGUGAACUGAAGCUGCUGAAAUUAAAAAAAAAAAAAAAAAGAACGACGGAAGAGAAACAAGAGGCGAGCUCCAACUGAAGCUGCCGGGCUUUUUAAGAGGAAACAACGGGAAAAAGGCUUUAAACCUAAAAAAAAAAAAAAAAGCAAGACUGAAUUUUUUCUUUUUAAAUCAGCCUUUAAGAUGACUGAUUUCUGAACGAAGCCAAAGGGAGACCCCCCCCCCCCCUCCUCUCUCCUCCCUUCCUCCGGAGGAAAUUCUUCAGUCAAGUUUGACAGAAGAAAAAGUAACAGCAACAACAAGACAAGAGUAUUUCCGUCGCAGCUCCAUCUGCCACCAUGGACUCUGGAAAGCAAAUAACGUUCCCGCUGUUGAUGAGUGUUGGAACAGCCGUGAUCGGCUCCCUGCAGUUUGGCUACAACACCGGUGUCAUCAAUGCCCCUCAAAAGAUCAUCGAGGGCUUCAUCAACGACACGUGGUAUCAGCGCUACGAGGAGCCCAUCACCAAGAACUCCCUAACAGCCAUCUGGUCCACCGCCGUCUCCAUUUUCUCUGUCGGUGGCAUCUUAGGCUCCUUCUCUGUUGGACUUUUUGUCAACAGCUUAGGAAGGAAGAACUCAAUGCUGGCGGCUAAUGUCCUGGCCUUCAUUGCGGCUGCUCUGAUGGGAUUUUCGAAGAUGGCGGCCUCCUGGGAAAUGCUGAUCAUUGGUCGUUUUACGGUGGGCCUCUACUCCGGCCUCUCCACGGGCUUUGUACCCAUGUAUGUAGGGGAGGUUUCCCCAACGUCUCUACGAGGCGCCCUGGGCACCCUGCACCAGCUGGGUAUUGUUGUUGGCAUCCUCAUUGCACAGGUGUUUGGAAUGGACUUAAUCAUGGGCAACAGCAGCUUGUGGCCGCUCCUGUUGGGCUUCACCUUCAUCCCAGCUGUGAUACAGUGCGUCCUGCUGCCUCUCUGCCCCGAGAGCCCCCGUUUCCUGCUCAUCAACAAGAACGAAGAGAGCAAGGCCAAGACUGUGCUGAAAAAGCUCCGGGGCACUACAGAUGUGAGUGCUGACAUGCAGGAGAUGAAGGAGGAGAGUCGGCAGAUGAUGAAGGAGAAAAAGGUGACAAUCAGGGAGCUUAUCCGGUCACCCCUCUACCGCCAGCCCCUCAUCGUCGCUAUUGUCCUGCAGCUCUCCCAGCAGCUGUCUGGCAUCAACGCUGUUUUCUACUACUCAACUCAAAUCUUUGAGAAAGCCGGGGUCGAGCAGCCUGUCUAUGCCACCAUUGGAGCUGGUGUUGUUAACACAGCUUUUACUGUGGUGUCGCUGUUUGUCGUAGAACGUGCAGGACGUAGGUCCCUGCACCUGCUGGGGCUGCUGGGAAUGGCUGGAUCUGCUGUCCUGAUGACUAUUGCCUUGGCUCUGCUGGACCAGCUCAAGUGGAUGUCAUAUCUGAGCAUCGUGGCCAUUUUUGCCUUCGUCGCAUUCUUUGAGAUCGGGCCGGGUCCCAUCCCCUGGUUCAUCGUGGCAGAGUUGUUCUCGCAGGGACCCAGGCCUUCAGCCAUCGCUCUUGCUGGUUUGUCCAACUGGACCGCCAACUUCAUAGUGGGAAUGUGCUUCCAGUAUGUGCAGGAAAUCUGUGGCCCCUACGUGUUUGUCAUCUUCACUGUGCUCCUGCUCGUGUUCUUCAUCUUCACCUACUUCAAAGUGCCGGAGACCAAGGGCCGGACAUUUGACGAGAUCACGGCCGGCUUCCGCCAGACGGCCGCCAUGGGAGGAGAAAAGCACUUGCCGGAGGAGCUCAACAGCCUGGGAGAUUCUCAGCUCUGAGCGACUCGUUCUUAACUUUCUAACAAACUCUCUCUCUCAGAACCGAGGAGGAACGAGAAGGAUCUACAAACAGGAAGUAGACAGAUGAAUUGGUAGAAUAAUUUUCACACUGUCACCACAUUUCGGAGUCAUUACCAAACACAGAACAGCCGAGCUCGAUUCUCCAACAUGACGUCGCCUGCUGCCCCUCUCAAUUCACACAAAGAAACAAAAACUCAGUGGGCACUGUGUCGCCCGGUGGAUGCAGAGAGGGGAGUUGAGCAUAGAUGGGGAAGAUUUUUAAUAUUUUAAAGAAGGAAAAGGAGUGCCUGCAUCAAUCAACCAGCCUUUUUUUUAAACAGCUUUUUUUUCACUGAAUAUAUUACUGACAUAUGCUUAUGCUCUGUUCUUUGUAACCUGUUACAAUAACAGUCAGUCCUGUUAUUAUCUGUUUAAGGAGCGCUGCAGCUGUAGAGAUCCGUUCACUGUGCAAAAAUACUUAUUUUGGUUGAUCAUACUGUAAUGCUGUAUCACUGUAGACUCUAGCACUGUAGAUGCUGCACAGCUCAACUUUGUCUCUCUCCACCAGAGGGCGCACUGUCCUUAAAAAAAGGUCCCAUUGCUCCACUGAUAAAGAAUAAGUUGUCUGCACCUUUUUAAGUUACUGAGUACACAAUCUGUCAUGUGCUGGAGUUUCACUGUGAAGAUUUUAAUUUUCUCAAUGAAAUUUUGAUGGUAACACUCCACGUAUUAUACAUAUUUGUUACUUAUUUAAUCCUGGACAAUAUUUUACUGUUAGAAAUAAUAAUAUAAAGAGAAAUUCAUUAACCGCUCAUGGGUUUUGACACCAUUCGUUUUAGCAGUAUAUCUGAUGAAAUCAAUAUUGGGUCUGUGCAAGAGGAACACUGUCUGCACAGAUCAGCACCAGAGCUCUGAACUUGGAAGUGAAGUUGAAUGAAUAAAUAAAUCAUCCAUCCGUUUUGCCGUGACAUGAGAUAAGUACACACUCACAAUCAGCAGCCACAAAACCAAAAAUCUGUCUCACAAAACCAGAACAUUUGUGAGUUUAAGUGCUCAUCUAUAAGAAACAAGCUUCCUCCGCCUUUGGCCUUACAGCCUUUCAUUUUUCAGCAGUUUCAGGUCAGAUCGACCUGAUCCAGACUGAAAGCUUCUGACAGCAGACAAUCUUUGCUUUUAAGUGUUUCUGAGUUGACUGUCUGUAUCUUUUCAUACAAACAGGAGCUGCAUGCUGUUCCUCUGUGACAGCCACGAAGCAUCUUUAGAAGAAUGAGAGGAAAAAAAAAUUUGAAAAAAUAAAAUAAUGGGGACCAAAAUGAAUGUGAACCUUUUGGAAAUGUUUUCGUUAUCCUGAAAGUGCUUGUCCACCAAUGUUUGGUCAAACUCCCAGUGUUCUUUGCACUCCAUGAUGUCCAUUAUGUGUCAUAGGAGGUGGACACUUACUGUUGUGUUGCAAGGCUCAUUUUGUGCCUUGUGCACUGAUUUCUGCAGUAUUGUGUAGCUCUCGCUCUCUUUUGGUUGUGUACUAUACUGUAGCUGGUGGGGGAAAAAAAAAAACAAAACUAGUCUGGUUCACUUUGGCUGGUUGUGUAAGUCGUUGUCUAUGACUGCUGUAUCACUUGUUUCUUCUCUUUAAAUACGUUGUUUGAGGAAAGUUAUCUUUUUAGCAGCACUUUAUUAUUCACAGUGAUACUGAAACAAACACUUUGAGGUUGUUUCUAUCUUUUUUUUUUUUUUUUUUUUUUUUUUUUUUUAAACCCAGUGUGGAAACUUUGUUACUGAACAGAGACUGAAGUACUGCUGAUGGAUUACUUGAUGUUUUUGAAAUGGAAAUGUGUGAAACUGUAUCAUUUGUUCAUAUCUAUUACGGUCUUGUAUAGAGCACAUUUUAGGUGUGUACACACACACACACACACAUGUGAGUUGUGAGUAAAUAUGGUAAUAAUCAUAACGUAAUGCAGACUCUGAUUCAAAUUCAACCCUGUAGUCAAGAACCAUUUUAAUCAUUCCAUAAUUGGUUGUUUAUAGUUGUACAUGGUAGAUCUGUAUAGUAUGUUUUCUGUCGUUCAGUGGGUCAGCUCACCUGUCCUGGAAAGCACUGUAACAUCCACUCUCUGUGCCUUUUUGGCUUUCACAUCGCUUCACCAGCAAACUCAUGAAAUGGCACCUAGAGAUGCACUUCCCCACACAGACCGAUGUUUGCAAUGAUGCAUUGCAAAUGUCAAAACUGUAUUUUAUGUACAUAGAUUUUCACUUCUGUAUGGGCAUUUCAUUUUUAAUGUUGCCUGUUGCCUUUGAAAUCUUUCCAUUAUGGCACAGGUUGGUGGUCUAAAAACACGGGAUGAUGUAAAUAUGAAACACUACAGCCUCACCCACUCAAAAUUGAUAAAAUAUUUAAGUUUUAGAAAUUUUUUUUGAUAGAUAAGUUAACGAUUAGUACUGUAGAGUCAUAUAUCUCUAUGCAUGUAGCUUCCGCACUUGCUUUCUAUUCCCUUUUGAUUUGAUACCUGAGGAUAUUGUGGCCUUAUAACUAGUGAUUUUAAUUCAGAUUUUACACAGAAGAAGUUUUGUCAAUGAGAUGCUUUUACUAGUGUUUUCAUUUUAGUACACAGUAUAUUCUAAUGUUUGUAAUAAUAAAAGAUCUGUGUGUAUGGUGCUGGAAUGUGACCCCUGGCUGGAGAAAUAUGAAUUGUGAUGGAUGAUGAUCUGAAUGCUUCUGCAGUCUUGUAUAAGUGAUUUAAUGGCUGAAUAAAAUAAAUCGUACAUACA